AUGAGGCACUUCCUUACGUUACCAGCGGUAUUACGAACGGCUGCUCUCUUAGCUUCGGCAUCGCAACACAGCUUCAGUGUCCACGAUGAUGUCCUCGCCUUUCCACAAUAUGAAAUCCGCUUUAUCGAGGAAGAAUGGGUUUCAGAAGAACAAGCGCGCACAAGACUAGCAACCAGCGGCAGAGUCGAGGAACUUCGGGAACCACAAUAUGAACUCCAGCAGCGAUUGCGAAAAGGUGAAGAUGAAGGCCCAGUUCGUGGCGAAACAGAGCCGGUGGAUUACGAGCAACUCAAGCUUGACGGACACGACUGGCUAUGUCGAGUCCCGCGGAUCAAGAAGCGUGACAACGCGGCGGGCAGUAAUGAAACAAUGUCCAAGGCAGAAGAGGAGAAGGAGCUGGCACGUGCAAGCGAUCGCGGGUGGGAGCUUCUGUCUGGCAUGCAAGACAACUGCAUCUAUUUCAUAGGUGGAUGGUGGAGCUAUCAAUUUUGCUACAAUCAKGGCGUGAGGCAAUUCCAUCAAUUGCCUCCUUCGAGAGGCAUACCCAGUUGGCCGCCUCAGGAAGACCCAGGUGUGCCAGGCUACGUGUUGGGAUCAUAUAGCAGCAAGGUCGCUGAUGUUGAGGACGAUCAUCAGGAGGAAUCCAAAUGGGAAGGUAGCAGCGGAUUGGACAAGUCUGAAGAUGCGAAGCGGACACGUGGUGGGUCGGGAGAGCUUGUCCAGCGUGGUGAGAGCAGGUACUUGACACAGACACUUGGAGGAGGCACGCGCUGUGAUUUGACUGGAAAGCAUCGGAAGAUUGAGAUUCAGUACCAUUGCAACCCGCAAGGCGGCGAACGAAUCUCUCUGAUCAAGGAGAUGGCAACAUGCACGUACUUGAUGGUCAUUCAGACCCCACGCCUUUGCAACGAUGUUGCAUUUCAGCCACCCCGGAAGGACCAACCGAACACUGUUUCCUGCUACCCUGUCGUCGCAGAGGAUGACAUUGAGGACUACAAGCGUGAGCUCGCGGACGUUCAAGAAGCAGAACGCCUGUUCAGGCAGGAGGCGUCUGCGAAUUUGGAUGGCUCAUCGUAUGGCCUUCCUCCAGCUCCAGUCGGAGACAUAAUCGUUGGUAUGCACAGAUUGGUCCCUGAAGGUCAGAAGAUUGAGAAGUCUGCCAUAGUCGGUGGAGGCAAGGAAGUGUACGUUGAUACACUCGCAUCCUCGGAUGGUAAGACUAUUACCAAAGAGGACCUUAAGCGACUGGGUUUGGGUGAUGCGAAGGCCAUUGAGAACUUGAAGAAACAGAUAGAAAAGGUUGCUCAGGGUGAACAGUGGAAAUUGGAUGUUGUCGAUACAGCACGUGGAAGGGAGUACAGGGGCAUUGUCGGAAGUGAUGAGGAGGAAGAAGCUGAGAAGAAGGCUGAACCUGACAAGAAGGCUGAACCUGACAAGAAGGCAAAGGCAAAUGAGGAAAGCAAAGCCAAAGAAGAAGGCCAGAAGAAGCAGCAGAAAGACAAGAAACAGCAGAAGGGUAGUGAAGAAGAGUACUACAAGGAGGAGCUAUAG